CUGCCUUACAAGCACUGAAGAGAAAAAAGAGGUAUGAGAAACAGUUGAAUCAAAUUGAUGGGACGCUUUCGACCAUUGAGUUCCAGAGAGAGGCACUGGAAAAUUCCCACACCAACACAGAAGUGCUCAAGAAUAUGGGUUAUGCUGCACAAGCUAUGAAAAAAGCGCAUGAGAACAUGGACUUGAACAAAAUUGAUGAUUUGAUGCAGGAUAUCACUGAACAGCAAGAUGUUGCCCAGGAAAUUUCAGACGCUAUCUCAAACCGAGCCGCCUUUGGUGAUGAGUUUGAUGAGGAUGAGUUGAUGGCAGAAUUAGAAGAACUGGAGCAAGAAGAAUUGAACAGGGGAAUGAGAGAUGUCAGACUGCCAAGCGUUCCGUCCACAUCACUGCCUUCUCACCCUGCAUCAACCAGGAAGAGAGCAGAGGAUGAAGAUGAAAUGAAGCAGCUGGCUGCCUGGGCUUCAUAA